UGUUUUUCUUUUUUGCAGAAAAGAAACCUAUCUUUUGUUUUUGUUGUUAGUUUGUUACUUUGUUAUGCUUGGAUUCAAAUUUGUAAGAAGCAAAUAUAAUAAUUAACUGAAAUUAAAUGACAUUAGAUACAAUUAGCACUGGAGAUAUGGUACGUGGAAGUGGAUGAUGAAUUGGUACAUUUAUUGUCACCGGAUUUUAUCAUUAAUGAAAAUAUAUUAUUUUAAUGUAAUCAAAGAAACUAAUCUAUUUUUAAAAACAGUUCUGAAAAUAUACAUUCUACUAAAUUUUAACAAUUGGGCCGGAAUAGCACAGUUCACGAGCAUAAUGAGAUCCCGUCAUCGCAAAGCCCAUUGUGCUGCAGUAGUUGGGAUAGCAGUUGACUUCGAGGGUCCCACUUCGUUUUUUAUAGAGCUCCGAGAUGAACGGGGAGAUCGGGGACGAGCAAGAUGAUGUCUAGCGAGAACAAGACGACCACUAACGGCCAGAAAGUAUCUGUAUCUGUACCUUCUGCUCCAGAUCCAGGUCAUGCCACCGUCAAACUCACUGCUUCGAGUGAUAGGGAUCAUAAGUAUUUAACCCAAGCUGUGGAAGAAGCAUACAUUGGAGUCGAGCGUGGUGAUGGCCGCCCUUUUGGAGCGGUUAUAGUUCAUAAGGACAAAGUCCUUGUGAGCUGCCAUAAUAUGGUUUUAAGAUACAAAGACCCAACAGCACAUGCUGAAACCGUAGCCAUUAGAGAGGCAUGUAAGAAACUGAACGGUAUCAAGCUGUGGGAAUGCGAGAUGUACGCGUCGUGCGAGCCUUGUCCGAUGUGUUUUGGAGCCAUCCAUCUCUCAAGACUUAAGAGAUUGGUGUAUGGGGCGCAAGCAGAAGCAGCUGUAGCCAUCGGGUUCAAUAGCUGCGUAGCCAACGGUGUGAAAGGCACUGAGCUCUUCCAUAAGUCUAGUCUAGAGAUCGUAAAACUCGAUGUGAGUAUCGCUGAGCAAGUGUUUCAGAAUACAAAGGAGAAGUUCACUUUAUAGUAAGAAAAUGCAUUUGCUAAUCACCUACACGUUGUAUUUCCUUUCGGGAAGUGUUUGUAUGUAUGUACUUCUGUUCUUUCGCUUCUUCUAAGACGCAGAACAACGCUUUGUUAGCGGGAACGAUCUAUCUAUCUAUCUAUCACAGAAUCGAGUUUUCUGAUGUCAUUAUCUACAA